CUAGCCAUCACACAGGAAGUUUGAUGCCUGCAAGCCUCUUAAAGGUGCAGGUGCUGUUACAGCGUGGCUGUGUCCUGAGCGCUGGGUAUUGUCACUUGGGGGACCAAGUGUGGCUGUGCCACCACUCCGCACCGUGCCGGAGCACAGGGCAAGGAUGAAACAUGCAGAGCAUGACACAGAGGAGAGUGACCCUGUGGGAGGAGCAGAUCGACAAUGGGAAUGCGAGGUUGCCUGGCAGGAUGAUGGAGGGGACAGGGAAAGCAUCUGUGAAAGCUUCCGGCUCCUGCAGAUUGACACAGGCUGUGACAGCCCAAAGGACCUUCCUGUGGGGAGCGAGAAGUGGUACUCGAGGAAUGUUUUGAGGAAACAGAGGCAUUGGGAGAAAAUAGUUACGGCAAAGAAGAAGAAGAGAAAACAGGAAAAAGAGAGGAGAAAAGCUAAACAUGCUGAAGAUAAAGGUGCUGCUCACCAGCACAGCAAACGGGUUUUAAAAGCCAUCACCAAGGAGCGGCUUCUGGCGGCCAAAGAGGCAGCCCCCUGGCUAUGUGUAGACCUGAGUAUGACCAGCCACAUGACGAAGAAGAUGUUCGUUCUCUCUUGGAAGGAAAUAAGUCGCCUUGCCGCUCAGAUAAGGAGGCUGUAUGGUUCCAACAAGAAAGCUGGAAAGCCGUUUUGGAUUUGCCUUACUGGAUUUGUGGCCGGCAGUCCUAUUUCUGAAGAGUGCUUCCGAAUGAACGAUGGGUUUUCCAAUUACCUCAUAGAUACCACUCCAGAAAGUUACCUUGACCUAUUUCCUUUGGAGACAAUUGUCUACCUCACUCCUGACUCAGAGAAUGCUCUGCAGGACAUUGACCCCCACAGAGUGUACGUCCUCGGCGGGCUCGUGGAUGAAAGCAUUCAGAAGAAACUGACCUUGCAGAAGGCACAGGAGCACUCCUUGCAGACCGCUCGGCUGCCCAUUGCAGAGUACAUGGUGAAGAACGCCAACGUGAAGAACUACCAUUCAGAGACGUUAGCAAUCAAUCAAGUCUUUGAUGCCUUAUCAACUUACUAUGAGACCCAGAGCUGGCCAGAAGCGUUGAAAGCUGGAGUUCCUCCUGGAAAAGGCUACGUUCUCCAGGAAACCGCUCUAUGAUGGAAAAUGCAUCUGCUUAGCAGCACGCAAGAAGACUCUUUAUUCUGUGAUGGUAAUAGGCUGCACGGCCAAAGGAAGCAAACUCCUCCCUCAUUAUUUCAACCAGCGGCAUCAGCGUAGCUUGUGUACAGAGAAAUGUGGCUCACCUGGCAUAAGGAGCUCAUCAGUUUCAUACAUUCUACCUCAUUGGUGUAUUGCUGGAAAACAAGGGUCAGCCCUGGGCUUCAAAUACAGACCAACUGGAAUGUGUCACUUCUUGCCGGUGUUUUGUUAGUGUUUUGGAAAUUGUCUGCACCACUGAACUACCAGUUCCUCUUUGGGGCAGGGAGAAGAUGUACAAAAAUCCCUUAAGGUUUUGACUGUCAUGUUAAUUACAAGUAAGCAAUGUGGGGUUAAAGUCGUUAACUACACCAGUGUAGCGGUUAACUGGAACGAUCUUUUUACAGGUAAAACACAGCGUUCUUAUCUCCUAAAGUUUCUCUUGUAAUGCUGUACCUGUAUUUCUGCUACUUAGUAUCUAAUUAAUGACAGAGUCCUGGGGUACCUUAUAGACUAACAGACGUAUUGGAGCAUAAGCUUUCAUGGGUGAAUACCCA